GGGACUGCAGCUCGCGCUGGAGGUCCGGCGCUGCAGAGACGUCGGAGUUUCUUCGGCAGAAAACUGCGGAACGUACAGCGCGUUUGUGUGCAACAAAUGGCCGAGUGCAUUAAGAGAGCUUAAUGUCCUCUGAGAAUGUUUAGCUAGGGGUCUUUGAGGAUUCUUGGGAGCCAUCGGGACAGGACCCUGGCUGCCCCCUGGCCCCACCACGGCAGCAGCGGAGCAUGGCCGCCGGCACCCUGGACCCCCCCCGCCCGCUGGACCGGAGCGGGAGCUUCUUCAAGCUCGUGGACACGUUUGCCUUGGAGAUUGGAGAACUGAAGCAGGAGAUGGUGCAGACGAUCCAGCCCUCGGCCCAACACCCAGAAAUGGAGGUCCUACCUGGGCUCGAGGGAGAGGUGAGCGGGCUCUACUUGCAGUCACACACCUGCGGAGGAACGGCGGGCGCGCGGGACUCGGGCUACGACUCUUUGCGCAGACGCAUGAGCGUGCUGGACAGGCUAAUGCAGACGCAUCCUGUGUGGCUCCUACUGUCGCUCAGUGAUGAGGAGGCCUCCCGCAUCCUGCUCCAGCGGCCACCAGGGAUGUUCCUGGUCAGGAAGUCAUCUAAGCUUCAAAGGAAGGUGCUGUCUUUGCGCGUGGAUGACGUCUCCGGACCCUCUGUUUGCGACUUCCCCGUAAAGGAGAGUCAGUACACCUUUUCCCUGGAGGGUUCCGGAAUCAGCUUUGCUGACCUCUUCCGCCUGGUCGCCUUCUACUGCAUUAGCAGAGAUGUGCUGCCUUUCACGUUGAAGCUCUCUGAGGCAAUUGCUGGAGCCAGAACCAGGUCCGAGCUGGAGGAGGUGGCUCAACUGGGGGCAGGAUUCUGGGACUCAGAUCUUUGUUACCGGAAGCGGAGUCCUGUGUCUCCUGUUCGCAGCCCACCACCAAAGCCCUCACAGGAAGGACAGCCGGUGCCACCCCAGAAGGAAGCUCCGCCCACCCUGCGUACCCGAGCCCCCUCCCAACUGGAGUGUGGCCAGUCCAGUGGGGCCCUUUGCUUUGUAAAUCCCCUCUUCCUGCAGCUCCACCACCCUGAGGGAGGUUCUACUUCCACCCCCAAGCCUGAACCCUCAACCACUGCCCCUGAGAGGCUCCCGGCACACAACCCGCCAAACCGUGCAGGGGGAAAGUCCCGUCCACCACCACCGCCGCGGCCUCCACCGCCCCGCAGGCCGGUCCCACCACAGAAGCAGAGGAGCAUGCCCGAGACGGUGAGCUGGGACCACCGUUUGGAGCAGCUGCCACCACAGAACCGCAGGGGUCCCAUGGGCUCUAAGAUCAGCAGCCCAUCCUUCUCUCCGCCCAAAAAGAGCAGCGCCCCCAUCCCCGUGCCCCCGCCUCGUGUCAAGAAGCAGCUCAGCAUGUCUGAUGCUGAUGGGCUCCGGUGCCAGAUUGCCAUGGAUGACAAAACAAUAGAAAAGGCUCUGUCCCGCAGGCGCACAGCCACACAGCUGGCUGAGAGCCCCAGCCCCCCAGGUGUUCCUGCAGCUGUGCGUGAUGGCCAGAGACUGAGCGACAUGAGCAUCUCUACCUCCUCCUCUGACUCACUGGACUUCCCACAUGGCUUUUCCCUGCCGGGACCUAGCCCCCCCAGCGGCGGGGAUGUGCGUGCCACAAGCAGCGAGGACGAGGAGGACAAUGAGGAUGACGAAGAGGAGGAAGACUACGGUGUAAGUGUGGAGAGCGACCAGGAGGUCAACGUGCCGCUGCCAUUCAAGUCCAAGAGGCGCCAUGUAGGCGGCACCUUUGUCCUGCCACGGGCCCUUAAGGGGCACUUCCGCAAGGUGAGCGGCGUCUUCAACUCUUUCAUGACACCGGAGAGGCGUGCGGUUCGCCGGAUCGCUGAGCUGUCUCGCGACAAGAGCUCCUACUUCGGCUGCCUGGUGCGCGACUACGUGAGCUUUCUGCAGGAAAAUCGUGGCUGCCACACAUCGGGGCUAGACCUCCUGCAGACCCUGCGUCAAUUUAUGACCCAGAUGAAGUCCUACCUGCGGCAGAGCUCCGAGCUGGACCCCCCCAUUGAGUCCCUCAUCCCUGAAGACCAGAUUGACCGGGUGCUGGAGAAGGCCAUGCAUAAGUGUGUGCUGAAGCCACUGAAGGGCGUGGUGGAGAUGGCACUGCGGGACUUCCAGCUUAGCAGUGGAGCAUGGCAGCAGCUCAAAGAGAACCUGGCCCUGGCCAAGGCCAAGCAGCCACACGAGCUAGGUGCCGACGGGGCACUCCCGCCCGACCCAGUGGCCAUCGAGAAGAUCCGCCACAAGUUCCACAACAUGCGCAAGAUGUACUCGCCGGAGAAAAAGGUGGCACUCCUGCUGCGUGUCUGCAAGCUCAUCUACACCAUCAUGGAGGAUAACUCAGGGAGGAAGUAUGGGGCAGAUGACUUUUUGCCCAUGCUGACCUACGUUCUGGCUCAGUGCGACAUGCCCCAGCUCGACCUGGAGAUCCAGUACAUGAUGGAGCUGCUGGAUCCGUCUCUGUUACAUGGAGAAGGUGGGUACUACCUCACCAGUGCCUACGGAGCUAUGUCCCUCAUCAAGAACUUCCAGGAGGAGCAAGCAGCCCGAGUGCUCAGCUCGGAGACGCGCAACACUCUUCACCAGUGGCACCGCCGCCGAACAGCCCAGCGCAUCACACCCUCCGUAGAUGACUUCCAGAACUACCUGCGGGUGGCACUGCAAGAGGUGGACAAUGGAUGCACGGCCAAGACCCUGAUGGUGCGGCCAUAUUCCACCACCGAGGAGGUGUGCAUGUUGUGCGCCCAGAAGUUCAAGGUGCCGGACCCAGAGAAUCAUGCCCUCUUCCUCUUGAUCGAGGAGACCAGUCAGCAGCUGGCGCCGGAUACCUACCCCCAGAAGAUCAAGGCAGAGAUCCACAGCCGCCCACAGCCCCAGCCCUUCCACUUUGUCUACCGCAGGGUGCCCAACCUCAACCUGUGCAUUCCUGCAGACCAGAAGAACGGCAACUGUCCGCCUGACUGAGUUUGCCUUGUCUGGCUGUUGAACUUUCCUGUAGCAUCGAACCCCAUUAGUCCUCUACCCACCUCCCUUACAGGAUUCAUUCCGGAAACGCUGCAUCAUGUCAAAAUUUUUGGUGAAAGAGUGCUGGAGUGCUGUAUUGUUUUGUUUGUUUUUAUGUUUAGUCUCCAGAUGUUGAGAAGUUUCAGCCAUGGGCAUGACGUAGGGCGGGAAGUUAGCUUGCACUUUAUGCAACCCACAAGACAAAUAUUUACACACCAGAGACUGGUCUACAUGGCUUUCUGAGCCCAGUGCUCUUGCUGGAGAGCCAACCCCC